ACGAUUGGGCGGUGUUUUUGAUUCUGUUCAAACCGUGUGUGUGUUGUUCAGUUUGAUAUUUCAAGUGUUAUCAACGUGCAGCUAGCGAUACAUAGGGCAAUAUAACUUGAAAGGGAUAUUUUUACACGAUGAUAUUAUUUCAUAUUUUAUUACCGUUAGCAGGUAUUAUAAUGUUACCUGUUCUAACAUCCGGGUGUCCAGAAGAUAUUAUAAAGAAAGCCCAGGAUUGUUUUGCCGAUUUAUCGUCUGGUGUGACCCAACCAGAUAAAGUUCUCGUGUCCGGCAACCUUCCCCUGGAUUAUCUUAAAAUCAGAGAAUAUUGUGAAAAAGAUGGUCAUAUGAAUCGUUUUCUAGUGUGUGUGGAUAGUCUCUUACAACAAUGUAAUAAUAAAACAGGUUCAGAGGUUCUUCAUCAACUUAUAAACCCAGAUAAAGUCAGGUCCAGUGUUCCUCAUCUCUGUGAAAAUAUGGACGAAAUAGAAGCCAAUGCUGAGUGCAUGAAUAAACAAAUGAACAAACCAAGUGAAUGCAAACUAGCAGCGUAUGACCUCAUCAGGCGAGGAAUGGCGGAAACAACCGGAAACUUCAGUGCUAUGUUUAAUAUUCAAUGCAGGUUUUUCAGUGUUUUAGCUGAAUGUCAAAGAACGGCGGUAGCUGACAACUGUGGACGUAAACUGGGCGAUCUUCACGCCAACUUUCUGUUAUCUUUUGUGCCCAACACGUGCGCUGGUGAAGGCUUGGCCGACAUUUUGCUUCCACAGUUAAAGAACGGACAGGACUUCAACAGAAAACCGGAAGAUGGUGAAACGCGACCUGAAUUAAGAAAUAUCAAACUGAAAAAUGUCUUACCCACGGAUGAGCAAAAAGAUGAGAUAAAAACUUUGCCACCAGUCCCGUUGGAAAAUAGCGGGAAAUUUGAUAAGACGCCUGGUCGACCGUCGCGUUCGAAAAACACCGGUCAGAGCAUCGACACAACAGGGAGUUCAGCCAAUAGUGUAACUACAAAAAAUGGACUUUCGCAUGUUGUUUACGCUCUUUUUAUUUUAUAUACUUUUGUCAAAGUUGUCUAAAAUUAAUUGUACACCUACUUUACCAUAUGUCCCUGUGGGAAGACCAAAUUGACAUUUAUUUAAUAAAGUUAACUGUAAAUAUUCAUCCAGGCAAUAACAAAGGCGGAAAACUGGUUGGUGUUAUCUCCCCUUAUUGACUCGUUAUGAUGACCGUCGCUGGGGUUAGAGACGGUCGGACAUGAGUCAGUUUGCUCUUGAUUUAUUAUUAUUUCCACCUGGAUAUUGAACAUGUUUAAUUAUUAUAUUGUUAAUUGGUUAGAAAUGGUCGUGACUUGUGGUACAAUUAAAAUACUGUCAGGUGACCAAUCUUUGGGGGGGGGGGGGGUAAGGCGUGCGCACUGCAUCACCAGGUCGCCUGUCCAACCUCGUGGGUUUUCUCCGGAUCCUCCGGUUUUUCCCCUCUGCUAAAGGCCGCUACGCACAAGAAAUUUAUUGAAAUAAAAUUGAACCGUAUGUUAGUCCCGAAAUGACAUAGUUUUGUGUCGAGUGGACGUUAAACCCCAUUUCUCUCUAUUUCUCCAACCUUUUCGGCCCUGUAAGAAGGAAAUAAGAGCCCUCCGUAUUUAAUUCUUUUGGUCUUCUGUUUAUUCAAUGUGUUCUUGUACUUCUCGAUAUUCAAUUAUUUUCCAUGUUUUGUAUCAUAUAUUUAUUUCCAUUUUUAAAAUAUAUUAUCAACUUUCAA